AUGCGGCCAGGACUGCGAGCUUUCAAAAGUUGGGAUUCCCGUCCAUUUGAGAGUGUUUUUCGCUUCUAUGCUCUUCAUGGUCUUCAUCGCCCAUGUUUGAGGCCUCCGAACCUGUGGCCCGCAUCAUGGUGUGUCCGAGAGCGGCAACGACGAGGUGCGAAGACAACUACACGGAGGAAGGUCAAGGAACUGCAACAAGGCCCCAUACAAGGCGAAUCCCUUCCUGAACUACCCAGCGACGAUGAACCGCAAUAUCCAACCCUACUCCAGGGAGUCAAGAACAACAUGGCCAGAUUCGACAAUUGCGUUUUACUUACAAGAGUUGGGAACUUCUAUGAAAUGUAUUUUGAACAGGCAGAAGAAUUUGGGCCAUUGCUGGGUCUCAAAGUGGCCUACAAGCAGACAAAACUCGGCCCUGUGGCUAUGGCAGGGUUCCCGUUCUUUCAGCUGGAUCGAUUCUUGAAGACACUGGUUCAAGAUCUGCACAAAUAUGUUGCCGUAUGCGAGGAGUUUCUCAUCAAUGUGUCCGGCAAGGUGAGAUCAGGGGGCUUGAAGCAUGAUCGUCACGUCACGCGAGUGGUUACACCAGGUACAUUGAUCGAUGAGAAGUUCCUUGACCCAUACGAGAACAAUUAUCUGCUAUCGAUUCAUCCUGAGCCCGUCUCGUCCUCGGGAGACGAUAGUUACGAACAAAAAAUCGGGCUCGCUUGGCUGGAUCUGUCCACUGGUGACUUUAAUACCCAGACUGUGCUCCGAAGUGCACUGCCUUCUGCAUUGACUCGGAUCUCACCUCACGAGAUCAUACUCCCGUCUAAUGUGCCUCAAGAUAUACAGGACGAAGUUCAAAUAAUCGUUGGUCACGACCAUAGACUGCUUACUCUCCAUCAAUCAAUGACUGACUUUACAUCUAUGCAUGACUGGAACUCCAUGUUGGUAACUGAGAUGCGGCAGGGUGCGGACAACAUCUUUCAAGAGGUUGAGAAACAGGCCGGCCAUGUUUUGCUCGACUAUGUUCAACUACGGCUUCAGGGUUUGCAGCUGAGGCUCCAACCUCCUCGGCACAUUGAGCUCUACGAGAUCAUGGGCAUUGAUCGGAGUAGUUUGCGUGGGCUGGAGAUUCUUGAGACGUCCAGAGACGGUCUUGGGAGAGGGAGCUUGUUCCAUGCUGUGAAGAGGACUGUCACGAAGAGUGGCUCGCGUUUGCUACGAGAUCGACUGACGUCCCCAUCUGCUUCUCUUUCAGAGAUCAACGAUCGUCUGGAUUUGGUGUCUGCUUUCUUCGAAUCGGAGGAAUUGACAGAAUCCUUGAUUUUCAGAUUGCGAAGGACUUUUGAUGUUCAACGCAUUGUUCAAAAGUUCGCGCUUAACAAGGGCGAUGCUGAUGACAUGUUAUCGCUGGCGAGCGCCAUCGCCGAGACAGUAUCUACACGCGAUCUCCUACAGUACGCCUUUCCAAGUAUUGAUUCGGAGCAGCCAGCCACACCCACGCAGUUCAUGCAGAGACUACUCAAACGGUUUGACCUGGAAGGCCCUGUCGAGCUUCAAGCUUCGAUAUCCUCCGCCAUUGAUGAAGUUGGGCUACAACAAAGGCACCGUCUAGAGGAAGAUGAAGCAGCCAGCGUCGCCGCCAUGGCGCAUGACGUUGUUCUUCAAAACGCCCCAGAAGAGCUUGAAUCCAUGCCAAAAGCCAUUCGUUCGAAGGCCAAAGUCGAGGACAACAAAGAUGACAUAACCCUGGAAGAGCCAUGGAUCAUGCGUCGCAAUGCCAGUGACAUUCUAUUCCGUCUGCACCAGGAUCUGGACGGACUUGAAGCCGAAAAAGCUGCUCUUGCCGAAAGACUACGUUCCGAACUCUCUGCUCGUACGCUGAUACUCAAAUCCACCCCUGGGCUGGGUUACAUCUGCCACAUCAGAAGCGCAAACGGCUUCGACAGAGAUAAAUUGGAAGCGCUACAAGCUAGGAUGGUCUCCUCGUCCAAGAGCACUCGCUCAUUCUAUCUCACCGACUGGACUCGACUUGGCCGUCGUAUCGACCAGGCCAUAGCCAACAUCCGCGACGAGGAGAAACGAAUGUUCGCGACUUUGAGGGCAGGCGUCAUACAUAACUUGAUAAAAUUACGCCGUAACGCAGCAGUCAUGGACGAACUCGACGUUGCCAGCGCUUUUGCCACACUCGCCAAAGAACAAUCAUGGACGCGGCCUAUCUUGAACAACAGCACGUCACACAAAAUUGUCGGUGGCCGACAUCCAACAGUCAAGCUAGGCCUGGAAGAACAAGGUCGCUCUUUCAUCAGUAACAAUCUCGUCCUUGACCAGAACGAGCGCAUUUGGCUCAUCACCGGACCCAAUAUGGGGGGCAAAAGUACUUUCUUGCGACAAAAUGCGCUGCUCAUCAUCCUUGCCCAAUGCGGAUCCUAUGUGCCGGCAACGUAUGCGGAGAUUGGGCUUGUCGAUCAGAUCUUCAGCCGGAUCGGAGCCGCGGACGACUUGUUCCGCGACCAAAGCACUUUCAUGAUCGAGAUGCUUGAGACAGCGGCGAUCUUGAAACACGCUACUCCUCGAUCAUUCGUCAUAAUGGAUGAGGUAGGAAGAGGAACGACGCCUGAGGAUGGCACGGCGGUCGGAUAUGCAAGUCUGCACCACUUGUACUUUGUGAAUAGGUGUCGGACGUUAUUUGCCACGCAUUUUCAUGCGUUGGCAGAUAUGACAAAAUCCUGGGAUGGACUUGGGUGUUACUGCACAGACGUUCUCGAGGAUGAAGACGGGAGUUUCACGUUCGUGCACAGACUGAAGAGCGGUGUCAACAGGCAGAGUCAUGCUCUGAAAGUGGCCAAGUUGGCCGGGAUGCCUGAGAGCUCUAUCAAGGUGGCAGAGGAAGUGCUGAAAACGAUAGCCAAACAGAGGAACGAGCGUGGACAUGGAAAUGUCUUGGAAGGUAAAGAGGAAGAUCACAAGAGCGAGAGUGAGCUGGUCACCAACAGUAUCCUGUCGGCCCAUGGAGGAUGAAAUGAGAUUACUCAGGAUAUCUCGGCGGCUGUUGUAUUUCACCCUCUGCGGGUUUCGACGUUGCGACCGUCCCGCAGUUCUUACAUGUCCGGGCGGCCAUGUCGUUCUCGAAAGCGAGGACACCUUCUUUGAUUUGAGUGCCCAGGUCCGUGAGAUGGAAACUCGCCUCAUGUACAAUGUUGUUACAUUUCUUGCAGUACCAGCGCAGCGUGUCAACAGAGUCUGAAGGCCGUGGCUGUUCGAGCACAACACCAACGGUAUCGGCGAAUCGCACUGGGUUGUGGGGCGUGUUGGCGGGCAGGAGGUAUAGCGAAUGCUCGUGGAUGGGUAUGUCAACGGGGGUGUGAGGUGUCGUCGAUGUGUCCAUUGUCUUUAGCAGCAUGGACCCCUUGUGUUGAUAGAAAAAUUCGGGGGUAGUGUUGAUGUGGUAGUCUGUUCGAGCGUUGGGACCGCCGACGACCAUCACUGUCAGUCCGCUGGUUGCAGGCGAUGAAGGGUAGACACAAUAGUUGUUGAUCGGAGGUUUGAGGAGGUGGGAGUUAUCUUCCAGCCUGUAUGGUUAUUAGUUUUGGGUUGAACAUGGUGUAUGAGUACAUGGGUCAUGUGUGCCAUUUGGGUAGGUUCAACGCAGCCAUCUUUGUGGCUUGACUGUCCGCGUCAAGAUGCUUCCUGCGCACUUUAGGAUAGAUGGGUGAUUGCAGAAUCAGUGGCUCUGGAUAUGUACCGUCUCUGAAUGUUUUGACUCACGCGCCGAUGAGUUGAGUGUAAUAUUGGAUAGACUUAC